CUAGAAAAGAGCUCGGCUUAGGCUCCAGCUACCUGCCGGUGUCGGGCAGGGGCGGGAGUGCUUCCUCGAGCGUUCCGCACAUCGAGUGCUGCUCUGCGUCUUUCUUCCGCUUGGUGCCCGUUUUGAGAGCAAAAAUGAAUGUUGGAGUUGCUCACAGUGAGGUAAAUCCAAAUACUAGGGUAAUGAACAGUCGUGGGAUGUGGCUGACAUAUGCACUGGGAGUUGGUUUGCUUCAUAUUGUCUUGCUGAGCAUUCCCUUCUUCAGCGUUCCUGUUGCUUGGACCUUAACAAAUAUUAUACAUAAUCUGGGAAUGUAUGUAUUUUUACAUGCAGUAAAAGGAACACCUUUUGAAACCCCUGACCAGGGUAAAGCCAGGCUGCUAACUCACUGGGAACAACUGGACUAUGGAGUUCAAUUUACUUCUUCACGGAAGUUCUUCACAAUUUCUCCAAUAAUUCUGUAUUUUCUGGCAAGUUUCUACACCAAGUAUGAUCCUACACACUUCAUCUUAAAUACAGCUUCUCUCCUGAGUGUGCUAAUUCCCAAAAUGCCACAACUGCACGGUGUUCGGAUCUUUGGUAUUAAUAAGUAUUAAGCUGAAAAUGUGAAACUGAACCAUUCUGACCAAAACUUUGUGGCUACUGCUUUUUCUAUAAAGAAGGAAUAGGUAGCAUGCUAUGCUGUUUACAUUGUAAUGUGCAAUGGGAAGUUUUUACAUUCAAGGUCUAAUACUUAUUUGUAUGCUAUUUGGAAAAGCAGAUUUUUAUGAGAUGCCUCUUAAGUAUUUAACAGGUCUGCUAAAUUUUUGCAGACAUUUUCCAGGAGAGCAGGGCAGGCCCUGCUCACAAAUGAUUGAUAGUAUAGUACAGUGAGAGCAGAAAAGCUCUGUACCAAUACAGGAGUCUUGAGGAUAGGAGUAGCUUAGUUUAUAAUGAAAGGGCAUUAUGUAGAAAGAGUUACCAGUUGUAAAAGUCAGGUUGAAGUACAUUUGUAUGUGGAGCAGAAUCAUCCUGUACAAAAGUGAAAUGUCCUAUUCCUAAGACAGCCAGCUCUUUUUUUAUUUUACUUAUUUGCUCUUUAUUUUUGCUGGCUUAAUGAUUCUGUCUCUGACCUGGUCAGUUCUGGAUGUAUCAGAAGAUGAUGUGCUUUCAACCUCAUAAAUAGGGUGUCAGUGUGGCUUCCUGCAGCUUUCUAGUGAGUCUUAAGAUAUUAAUUUUAGGCAAAGUUCUGCUGGGAAUUUUUGUUUUUUAAAGGGCUGCUAAUAAUUUUUGGAGAAAAAAAAAAACAAACUAAUUUGAUUCCAGGCAGUCUGAAACAUAAUGUGUAAUUCUUUGAUUAUUUAGUUGAACCAUUUAAUGGUUAAAAUCUCUUAUCUGGAGAGGGAUAGUUAAAUUUUAAAUAGACAGCUUAGAAUAUAAGGAAAUUAGUUGUCUAGUAAAAAGAUAACUUUCUCCAGCCAUGGUACAAAAUAAGCUACUAAACACUGGAUGUGUUUUGUUUUUUUUCCUAGUAGCUUUGCAAUAAAGAAUUGUGCUUUCCCUUCAUAGUACCUUUUCUCCAUCUCCAGUUUGCCUAUUAGUUUUCAAGGUGGGCAUGAAUUUUAAGUGGUCAAGAAAGUGAACUUAAAGUUAUUUUAAACCAGUCAAUAGACCAUUCUUAUUGAUGUACGUAAUUCCUUAUUGUGGUAAGGAAUUCUUCAAAACUUUGUUAGUGAUAAUUAGCUGUAGCAAACAUCAGAAAAUAAAUUAUUUAAAAAUUUAGCAUUCCAAACUUCAAUCAUUUUUUGGAAAAUAAACUAAAAUUAGUUUUGCACUAUUUAAAAAUCAGUCUAUUCUAAAAAUGCCAUACUAUCUUUAAAUUGUCUCGGGGAGAUCAUUGUUUUGCAUUGAUAGUCUUCAGUAUGGAAAUCUAUUAUGUAAUUGGCUUUGUAUGUUUUUGUCUUUUUCCCACAUUUUGAAACACUAAGAAAAAUGGGUGUUUUACUUUAAUAAAUAUUAUUUUUUAAUGGAUGUAAGGUUAUUUCAACAGAUGUAAAAAUUGUCUUCAACUUUUCCUAAAAAUAAUAUUUAUGGUGGUCUUUCCUACUUUAUUUUAAAUCAGUUUUAUGACUUUUAAGUCACACAAAAUAAAUCAGAUUCUUUUUGAUCCUCCUUAGGGAGUUUCUUUGAAAAAGUAUGCCUAAGAAAAUUUCCUUACCCACUUCAUAGUUUUUGUGUAGCAUAGGGCCAAUAGUGUCUGACAGUAAAGAUAUUUCAUUUCCUUUCAUAACAUAAUUAUAAAUUUUUAAAUGUUGCCUUUGUUAUGUUCCUACAGUUUUUAUAUUCUAGAAAAGCAGAUUAAAAAGGCAAAUUAUCUAUUUUGAACAUGAUCUAAAACAGCUGAAAUUUUUGUUGUUUGUAACACUUUUAAUACUGCAGCUACAGUAAGUGCUAGGAUAAGUACUGACAUAUUUGUAGGAGCUCAAAAGACAACUAUCUGUGCCCUUUUCAAAUGACACAGGAUAAAAUUCCUCCCUUUCCCAAUCUUUUAUUAUUGACCUGUUCUGUUGAUUCUUAAUAAUCCUCUUUUACUCACUCUUCUCUGUUUAUCCCUGUGAUUACUUAAGUCAUUUUUUGUGUGUGUGUGUAUACAUAGUGAACUUUAUGUCAUUAUCCAACUCUAGGGCCUGGUUUCAAAAAAAUAAAUUGGUAGUUGUUAUAUAUGUCCACAAUAAUCUAACAAAAUAUCAGUGUGCUACUGUGAUUUUCUUCCACACCAAACAACUGGGCUAUCUUCUUUGUUUCUUUCCUCCCCUUCUCCUCCCCAUCCCCCACCCCCCACAUUCUAAAGGUACUCCCAUCAUCAUUCACAAAACCAUUCAUGGAGUAGCUGGUUUGAAAACCUUAGCCAGUUUAAAUUGUAAACCAUUUGCUUCCUUCCUACUAGUUUUCACUAGAGUGCUUUGACUUGUGGGAUUUGAUUGAUGUUGACACAUGCAAGUCAUUCACCUUUACCUAGUGUUUCCUCAUCUGUGAAAUGAUAAAAAAAAAAUUUGUGUUUAUCUAGCUUACAGAGUUUUUGUGGGGGGUGCUCUAUGAACUUUAAUUAUUUUUUAUCUUUUCUGGGAUAUAAGAUUCUUACUGGUGACAUUUGUGGAAACUAAUAACUUGUCAGGAAAUGGUUUAUAGUAGAGGAGAUAAAGGCCUGGAAUUAGGGUUCUGGUUAAAUUAGCUGUGUGAUCACAGAUGAAGUUCUUAAAUUUCUGUAUUAAUUAUCUGUUGAAUGUAGACAUUAUACUGAUCCUUUCUCACUGUUAAUGUGGACCAAUAUUUAAAUGCAGGUAUUAUUUUCUUAUAAAAAGCUUUGUAUCCAUGGGUGACCCCAUGUAAAAACUGAAAUUCUGACAUUUUUUCUUGUGGAAUUUCGAGGAUUUAAUGAUAAUGGACAGAAAUGUUUAAUGACAUUUUAAGUUCUAUUAGUAUAAUCACAUAAUGCCUAUUUUAAAGAAGACUACUAAAUUUUAAAGUCAGAGAAGAACUUUAAAGAUGUCAUUUUAUACUUAAGGGGAAGCCAAGGCUCAGAAAGGUGACACAAUUUGCCUAAAAUCACAGAGUUAAAUAGAAGUGCCUCAAUUAGAACCCACAAAUAAGCUGAUUAUUAAAAGAUUUGUUGGUUGAAAAGCAUGAUUCAUCCAUCAAUUAGUUUUUCACAAGCAUUUCAUUUCUGGAAGUAGCACUUACCAAUUCAUUAUUAAGCUAUCAUUUCAUUUUUUGUAUUUAUUGAUAAACUAUAGUUCAAGACAGUUUUAGGUGUCUGUGUCCUUCAUCUGUACCAAUAGAGAAUAGCAGCAGCAAGGAUAACUUAAAGUUAUCUAAAGUAAUUAUUAAAGGUUUUUUCAACUAUCCAACUUGUAAGACAUUUUAUGGAAGAACAUAAAUAGUUCUUUUAUGUCACUUAAAAUGUUCAGUAAUGUGCUCUGAAAUGAUUUGUAUUAUUAGCUACAUUGUUUGCAAAUUAAUUUUGGAUGUGGAUUUAUCUACUAUGUCAUUCACAACAUUCACAACACAUUUUUUAACUAUUUAAUAUUUUAUUUUUUUCUCCAGUUACAUGCAACAAUUUUAUUUUUUUUCCGAUUUUGAUGUCUUCCCUGCCCCUUCCCCAUCACUAGAAGCAAGCAAAUUGACAUAGAUUAUACACAUGUAGUCAUGCAAAACACAUUUUCACAUU